AUUUUGUUUUAAAAUAAAAAAAAAAUGAAUAAAAUUAACAACGAUAUUAGGCCGUGGGACGCUAAAGAUAUAAAAGAGCAAUUUGGCGAUAGUUUAUCCCUACUUCCAUCAAAUGAUAACAUCAAAGAGCUACAAACUAUACUCAGAGACAAGAAUACAACACGAAGGGACUUCAAAUUUUACGCUGAUCGUCUGAUCAGACUGGUUAUUGAGGAGAGCUUAAAGAAGUUGCCGUUCACUGACUGCGAAGUGGUUACUCCGACUGGAGCCAUAUACAAGGGUUUGAAGCAUGAUGCUGGCAAUUGUGGGGUUUCGAUCGUUGGAUCGGGAGAAGCCAUGGAACAGGGUCUCCGUGACUGUUGCCGCGCCAUUCGCAUCGGUAAGAUCCUCGUGGAUAGUGAUUCGGACACGCACGAAGCUCACGUGGUAUACGCCAAGUUCCCUAAGGACAUAGACCGAAGGCGGGUGAUACUCAUGUACCCUGUUAUGUCCACGGGGAAUGUAGUGAAACAGGCAGUGAAUGUUGUGAUUAAGCAUGGCGUUAAAGAAGAUCGUAUUAUCCUAUCAAAUCUGUUUUGCACACCGGCGGCCGUGCGAGCAGUCGUCGACUAUGUGCCCAAUAUUAAGAUCCUCACGUCUGAGCUGCACCCAGUAGCGCCCAUACACUUCGGGCAGAAAUACUUAGCUACUAACUGGUACGACGACGAAUACGAUGCAGACUUAUAACCGCCAAAAGCUGACAGGAAUAAAAUUUUAGUGAUUACUUUAUGAUGUAACUAAUGAAAUCGUUUACCAGGAUAUUAAUGAAGUGGGUACAAAAACUGUAAAUAAUAAGAUAGAAUGUAUAUAUAUUUUUCAUCUUAUAAGUGCUUUGCGGUUAAGUUCACUUGUAUGCAAGUGAAUCCACACUUGCAUGAUCUGUAGGUUAUUUAUAAAUUGUAAUUUUUUGUAAUAUUAUAAUAAAUAAAAAUAUGUGUGUGUAUCCAUUAUGGGGUACAUUAAAAUUCUGACUUACAAUAACUAUGUAUUUUUUUUUAAUGAUCACGCUUAUGUAAUAUCGUCGAAUAUAUUGUACCUGAAUUUAAGUUAGAAAUAAGAGAACUGAUUUAAAAUGUGAUAUUAGUUUAAUCUUUGGAAAUGAAUGAAAUUACACAUAAUUAUGUGUUUAGGGAAUAACAUAGCACAUAAUGUUGUUUAUGUAUGUAUUUUUUAAUAAACUGGAUAGA